UACGACACCUGUCCUCAUUUUCCGGCAUAAACACAUGGACACUCAAGCUUCAAAAACAUGAGAGGUCAAAAGUUAUGUUGAUCUUUUACAGAAGAGGACCAUAACAUCGAGACAUGGCAAGCUCCAUGGUGGCAGUGGGACUGGGUCUGGCAGCUGCUGGGUUUGCAGGUCGUUACGCCAUGCAGGCCAUGAAGCACAUGGAGCCUCAAGUGAAACAGGCUCUUCAGAGUUUCCCCAAGACGGCUUUUGGAGGAGGCUACUACAAAGGUGGAUUUGAACCAAAGAUGUCAAAGAGGGAAGCUACCCUGGUUCUAGGUGUCAGUCCCACAGCCAACAAAAAUAAAAUCAGAGAAGCUCACAGAAAACUGAUGAUCCUUAACCAUCCAGAUAGAGGUGGAUCCCCCUAUUUAGCGGCAAAAAUCAACGAAGCCAAGGACCUAAUGGAUGGCCAAGUGAAGAAAUAACAUUUGAAGAAACAAGGGAUUUCACGCUGCUCUUGUUCAUGCUGUUGCACUGACUGACUUUAGGGAGCACUUGAGUUUCGUAACUUCUCAAAUAAAGUCGAUCUGCUCAAA